GCGUCAAAACAUUUUUCAUCUUUUCAAUUUUCUGAUGAAUUGGCUUUGAUUUCCGCAUUCCAUUUCCCAUCUUAAAGGAUUGCGUACUGGGCUGUGUAGAAUUGACUUUACCUUCAGCCGAGAUGGCCAGCGAGCCUGUUUAGUGGUAAAACAAGAUGGUGGUGAUGUUGCUUCCGAGUUGUCACAGAGUCAAAUUGAAUUACAACAAGUGAGAAUGUCGGAGGAUCAAAACUCUCACUGAGUUGGUCGUUGAAGACAAAAACCAUUUGUCUUAUUCUUUUGUUUGUGUACGUUAAUCGACCAAUGUGGUCUUCAUCCACUGUACAAACUAUACACCUGACCGUUUAUUUAUAACAAGAGAAGAAUCGAAAAUUAUUGAAGCAGUUGGAUUCCAGGUGGGUAAAAGAGAUCUGAUUAUUUAUCAAAAAUGGGAGCCAGUGCAUCAGGCUUUCACGAAGGAAAGUGUGUUACCUCCACUAGCACUACACCUUGCCACCGUUCUACUAGACAUUCAGAUUCUUCCAAAACAUUCUCUGCAAUGCACUCUGGUGAUCAGCUAGUAGGAGUAUCUGUCAGGGAGAAGAAGAAAAAGAUGACGGGAUUCGCCACAUUGCGUCGUAAACUGAUUCGUCGACGACGGACGUCGAAAUCGUACGACCACGGCAAAGUGAUAAGGGAAUUUGUGGCCGAUUGGAGUCCGCUGGAACUCAACACCCUGGUGGAAGAAUACGAAGCAACGGCGGCGCUCAAGGACCUGUCGGUCCAAGCCGAUCUGGCCCGUCCACCGGCCUCAACGCACAAACAGGACCUUUCGGACUUGUUCGACUACAAGUACGCCAGCGACGUGACGCUCAUUUUCCAAGGCGCCUGUUUCCCCGUCCACCGGGCCAUCCUCAGUUCCCGGUGUGCCUACUUCCGCGAGCUGCUGGCCAGCGGUGGAAGUGGCAAUAACACCCGAACAGUUCACGGUGCCCAAGUUCAUGUCGACUCGUUGCUUCAAUCUCGAGGUAUUGACGUCCCGACGUUUGCAGCGUUGCUUCGUUAUCUCUACACGGGCGAUUUCUGCUUACUUGACGGUGGUGACUCAACGUCCCAAACGGAUAUGGAUGUGCUCAUCCGCUUGGGCCAGGAAUUUGGUACUCCGAACCAAUUGGAGCACGACCUUCGUUAUCUCAUGGACACGGGUGAUUUAGCCGAUGCCGUACUAGUAUUCGCUUCUGGCCAAGAUUUCGCCCUUGCCACGGGGAAACCUCAUUGCUCCAACUCGUCGCUCAGUAGCAGCACAGGUAACAUCGGUUCAUCGUCUUCAGAUUAUGGAUUUUAUCCACGAAUGGAGAUGCGAUGCCAUCGUGCCAUUCUCAGUUCUCGUUCGCCUUUCUUUCGGAGUCUCAUACAGCGUCGCUGCAGAACAACAGAAAAUGCCGUAACGCCAACGAGGAUCAUUCUCGAUGAAUCGGUUAUACCACGACGCUACGCUCAGGUGCUCAUGCAAGCUCUAUACUUGGAUACGGUUGACAUGAGUUGUAUCAUACGAAACGGACCUAGUGAACCUAGUAGCACAACAGAAGAAGCACCAUGUUCGACCAAUGGAGCUGCUGCUGGUCUUCCAGCAGCAGCGACUGGAUUGCCCGUUUCUCGUCCCAUACCUCCAACUCUUUUCGAAGAAGCAACCGAACUGUAUCAGAUUGGCCGCUUUUUAGAGUUGGACAUUCUUUCCCAAGGUUGCGAAGACGUGAUUGUUGACAAUCUGUCGUUAGAUAACCUACCUCAAGUGCUUAGAUGGUCUGAAUUGCCCCAUGGUUCUCCAUGGGUCCGUAGACAGGCGUUGCAAUUGCUCCGUGAAGAAUUUAGUGCUAUCGCUCAGGCACCAGUGUUGCUGGAAUUGGACAAAAAUCAUUUGGUCGAAGCUCUCCAAAGCGAUUUUCUGCAGGCCAGUGAGCUGGAAGUAUUGCAAGCUGUUCUUCGAUGGGGAGAACAUCAACUGGUCAGGCGUAUGGAAGAUCGUGAACCCAACAUUGUCAGCCAAACUGCUCACUCGGUUGCGAGAAAAGGUGUUAGAAGAAGAGAUCUGAACGACGUGGAACUCAGGGACAUUCUCUCUGAAUUACUGCCGCAUGUUCGAGUGGACCACGUUCUACCGCCCAGCCACGAAAGUCUUGCUCAGGCCAUUAGGCGAGGGUUGGUAUCGACGCCACCUAGCCACAUGAUUGGUGGUGACAAUAGUCACAAGUUGUCUGCGAGUGGACCUGGUCGAGGAGCUCUGUCUGCCUGGAUCCGUGGCCAUCAUCAUCACCAACAUCAUACUGUCCACCACCACACGGGCCUCUACGUCAAGCCACGCCUCUUUAUGCCUUACUUUGAAGAAACCAAGAGUCUCUUGGCCGACCAGCUCGUCCAGGAGAUGGAACUCGUCCGGCACAGGAUGGUCCGCAUGUCCUCUCACAUUCCCGACACUUUGUACAUGAUUGAUGACGCUCCGGCCGGAAUGGAAGCUGUUGCUAAAAUGGCUACUUCCUCAUCUAAUGCCACCAAUGACUUGGAUGUUGUUACAGGAGCUGUUCCAGUCCCAGAUUCAGAAACGCUUCAAGCCAUGAUCCGUCGGGAGAGGAAACUCCGGUUAUCACCUUUGGCCCAGCGAGCGUAUUCACUUCAAUUGGCUUCACGUCGAGACAUUAAUCGACAAAUCCGAUUGCGAGUCGUACGCGAAUUUAAUUUACCUGACUCGAUCGCUGAAGAGUUGGAAUCAGCAGCUUAUCAAUUCGCCGAGGAAGCAGAUGAAUCUCAGCAACAUCAAAUCCAACAGCAAAUUCAGGCGACAUCGGCCCUGAUUUGGGAGCCGAGGAAAUCCAGUUCGAUAGCUGUCCGCGUUCCGGUCCCGCCCAAACGGAUGACUUCGCGACCCAAAGCGUUUCAAAAGUCUGAGCCGGCCUUGGACUUGGCCAUGGACGACGACAAUCAUCCACUCCAUCAGUCGCAGUUGUCGGAAUUCAUUCCCGAUAUCGCGGCAUUGUCCAUCAAUCCCCUACCGCAAUUCGUCCCUUCUCUUCAACCAAUUGAGCCCUACAGGGAACUUCAAUUGGAUUUAGGCGAUGGGGCCAGCGUAUCCCGUUUGAGCAGUGUGGAAUGGUCUUUUGUCCGUUCGGGGGUCAAUCAUUCUCUUCCCUCAACCUCCAAUCCUAUCAGAAUGUCCACUUUUCGAUCUGAUGAUGAGUGGGCUGAACAACAGGCAGAACGGCCGUCUGCCAGUUUACACAGAGCAAUAGAAGAUGGAGCAGUAGGAGCUGUUGCAGCAACGUCUUCUGGUACUGGUUCUCCUCGGACACAGCGGCGAUCCCGGUCCGGACGAGCCGCUGACGUGCGAGUGUUUAUCUGAUUUUAUUUUUUCUCUAAAAAUUGAAUACUCUCUUUUGUACAAUCAUGGCUGCUCUGUUGAUUAUGUAAAAUAACGAUUAAUUUGUUCGUCCAUUUUUUUUGUGUGCAAGAUCUGAUGGAGGUUUUGGUGUUGUGAAAGUUUUUGCGAAUCGUUCUUUUGUCCUGCCCUGUUGUUGACAUUUUUUUUUCGUUGUCUUUGUUGUUGUGAUGGGGAUUAAAUGGUUUGUUUUGCUGGCGGUAAUUUUUAAGAGUCUCCCGUCAUGUAUGGCACAUCGAAGUUGAAUUAUUUUCGUCUUUUGUCGUUCUCAUAGUUUUUCUCACGUUCUCUCCCAUUCCGAUAUGUUACAGGUGAAGAUCUCCCCCGUCCGGCAGCAUCGUCCCAUCCUUUCCUAAGCCAUCAUCACGUGAUUUUGUAAUAAACGUUGACAAAUUGUA